CUAACAGUAUAUACUAAAACGAUUCAUACCAACACAAAUUGUGACUAUCAAGCAAAGAUACAGGGCAAAACAUUUGUUUCUUUAUCGACUCUAUCACUAAUUAAUCUUUAAAGUCCUACUUACGGGGAUCUAAUAUAAAUAUUUCGUUACAUUUGUUCAGUGAGACAGAAAUAAUCUAGUGAUACAAAAUGCGUGUGCUCUUGCUGUUACUUUUGGGAGUAGCUGUUGCAACAGCUGCAUCCACAAGGAUAAUAGGCGGAACAACUGUUGACAUCCGUCAGUACCCAUUCGCUGCUGCUCUCAUACACUCCAGAACAGGCUCAGGCACUUUUUACCAGUCAUGUGGUGGAACGAUCAUCAGUAACAGGGCUAUAUUGUCUGCAGCACAUUGUUUCGUUGGUCACAGUGUUAACCAGUGGCGCGCGAGAGUAGGUUCCAACAGAUCUAGUACAGGUGGCCGCGUGUACCAGUUCAACAGGAUCAUUCUUCACCCCUACUUCAAUAGUUUUACCUACGAUAGCGACGUUGCGAUCCUCCAGCCUACAACUAUCAUAGCUCUUGGCGGUAACGUUCAACUGGGUCCAAUUGCUGGGGAGAACUAUAACCUUUUCGACAAUAGCCCACUGUGGGCUGUUGGAUGGGGAGUCAUCAGUUGGGGCGGGCAAUACUCCGAUCUGCUUCGUCACGUGCAAAUUUCUUCCAUCAACCAGAACGUCUGCAGGCAGCGGUACGCCGGUCUGCGAAAUGUUACUGACAACAUGUUGUGCUCUGGGGUGCUCGAUAUCGGCGGUCGGGACACGUGCACAGGAGACGAUGGCGGAGCCGUCAUCCACAAUGGUGUCAUCGUGGGCAUUUCCUCCUGGGCGUACCAGUGUGGCCUACCAGGGUACCCUCGCGUCAACACACGUGUACCACGUUUCACUAGAUGGAUUGUGGCAAAUGCUUAGUGCCUAACUUACAUUAAGUAUGAUUAAGUAAUUGUUCUGUAAAAUAAAUCGUUGUAUUUUUCAA